AUGCUGCACCUGAACAGCUCGUGCAUAUCGGAUAUUGAGCACAUCGAGCGAGCCCUGAAGAGGAAAGAUUACGAAGGAAUAAAGACAAGUGCAGAGAUAAAAAGUGUAUUUGAAAAUCUGGGGGAAGCAUUUAAAAACUUUAGUGAUUCUCUGAAGAAAAUUCACUCUGAUGGAAAUACCAUCAUUGCAAAUAUAAAGAAGAGACACAAGGAAGAGGGCGAAUCCGAUCGAGUCUACUUGGCCGAUUGCUUUGUCAAUGUCGUUACCCUUGUGCGUAAUUUGUACGAAGAAAAUUUAUCCAUCAGUGAGAAGAUAAAGAAGGACAUAGUUGUAGAGUUGGAAAAGGAAGAAACGGACAGGGUUCAAGAAAUAAGUUCCAUUUAUAAAGAGGAGGAUGCGGGAUCAACUACAGUGAAUGGAAAUCGAGUUGGAGAAACUCAGGAGGACGAACUCUCUACUGCAGACAGAUGGGAAUGCAAAACGGACAGUGUCAGCCCACAUAACCAAGACAGCCAUGACAAGGGGAUCAUAACCCAUGUGGGAAAAGCAGAAGAAUUACAUAAGGAGGACUACACAAAUAAACACGAAGUCCUGGUAGAUGGAAUUCCACUCAGACAGGUAGAAAUAGAUUUGAAGAGGUGCCUAGAAAAUGAGCACUUUGCAAAAGAGUACCUUAACAGCGCAAAGUAUAAAAAGCAUUUUUCAGAGCUGGACAAACUUAACAUCAAGCUGGAUAAAGAAAUUGAGGCCUUUAAGGAAAUCCUGGACAAAUUUGGAAAAAAUGCCAACAAGCUGCUAAUAAAUAAAUCUAAGGAAAGAAUAAAUUCUAUUCAAAUUAGGAAGAAGGAACUUUUGGAAAUCCUGUAUGAUAAUAUAAAGGAGCUCCGACAUAAUAAACGGAGCAUGCGGUGCAGCAUUCAAGACUUGGAGCAGUAUGUGCAGGAUAAUGCAUCCAGGAGGAAGAAGUGGCAGGACAGGGAGCGAAAUAUGGGGGGAAGCGGAAACCAAAAUGGGGGUGCCACGGACGAGGCAAUUCCCCCACAAAACCUAUCAGAUCAGAAGAAAAAAAAAAAAACACCGAAAAGACUCAACCUUGAAAAAUUCGAAAUUAGGGAAAAACACAGAAUCGAAAAAAUAUACACCAGCGUAAGGGGGUUCAUAAAAAUUCUCGCAGUGGAGCAUAUCCACAUGAACAGCGUACUCCACAAAGGGGCAUGCCAAAUUAGUUCAUACGAUUCGCUCAUUGAUUAUCAAAUGUGGUUAAGUAUUGUCCUAAGAAAGAAUGUAGACAUAGCAGACUUGCAACAGAAAAUACCAAAAAAUGACGUACUGACUGAGGAGGAACAAUUUAGGCUGAUGCCACAUCGGGGGGAUUCCCCGGCUGGGGAUGUGCAGCACAUAUCUGAGAAGAAGAGAAAAAUGAAGGAGCAGAAUUUUCGGAGCGGGGAAUUGAUUUGCAGUGAGAAGAGCUCACCUGGGGGUGAAGCGGAAAUGAAGAAACAGGAAGAAGUGCAACACGGAAGCGAAGCGGAAAUGAAGAAACAGAAAGACUUGCAACACGUAGGUGAAGAGCAAAGGGAGCAAACCGAAGACGCUCCACGUGGAGGCGAUCGAGCUGCUUCUCCAAGGGAUGGUCAAUUCCCCGAACAGUUUUACAUUCCCGUGAUAAUAGAAAAGAGUAUUUACAGAUCGGAGGAGAAUAGCGUGCCGAGUGGGAAGGAAGCCAAGGGGACGAGAAAAACCCGACAAACAAAGCUAAACCAAUCCGUAGGUGAAAAAAAUGAUGAAGCAUGUUUAACCGGUAAGUCACCCCCAAGGGAGGAAAAAGAUAUUUUCUCCUUCCUAACAAACAGACAAAAGGAAUUCGAAAAAUACAUGCUACAAUUCAAUAGAGUAGACAUUCUAUCGACAAUGCUGAGUAGGAAUAAGGAAAAACGAAGGUGGUAUGAUCAGGAUUUCUUUCAAAGUUAUUUCUUCGAAGAGGGACAUCCCUUUUACCCAUUUAAAAUACCACCCACUAUUAACCACUUUUCAAUAUUCGAAAAAUGGCACAUAACUUCUUCUUCACAAAGGGUUCCCCUCUUUGAAGACGAACAAAUGAGCGAAUACGAAUAUAAAUUGAUAGCAUACGAAUCGCUCCUCCUAGUGUAUUACUCCCUGUCGACCCAACUGAAUGGUUACUUCCUCUUCGACAUGUCUAAAAGGGACAAACUCAACAAGGAGGUGUAUAAUGAAUUCUGCCAGAGGUGUUACCCCAUGUUGGAGACAAUCCAAGGGGGGGAAAAACAAACUCCUACCCAUGCAGAAGCGACGACGGAAGAUUGGUACAAUUUUACACCACCUCCUAGUAGUAACAGACGAAGCAAAAUGAAUGACCAUUUCGAAUACGUAGACCACAUUUACAAUGUGAAGCUGCAAAAUCUGUUACUAGUAAAAAGAAUAAUAAGCAUUUUUAGAAUAAAGCUAAACCUAAAUUCUAGAACGAACGAUUUAAUCACCCUCCUUACUAUCCCUUCACACUACACAAAUUGGGGCCAUACCUACUCCUUCCACGUGUUAGAUGUUCGCUUCAGAAUAAUUCGCAUAAUGGACAGCCUCAACUUCAACCACAUACUUCACACUGACGUGGAAAAGAUGAGAAAAGGAAAGGACCCCACAGGGGACGCACACAUGAACCAGGAACGUAGCAUCUACACAUCAUGGGUUAGAAGACAGCUGCAACUUCUUUACAUCUCCGUCUACUUCAAAUUUUGUACCUUCGUUAAGUUCGUUCCAUUUUUUGACUCCCACGGGGGUGGGUACUUAAACGAUUUGAUAGAUCAAUUCGAAAAUGGUGGGGAAUAUUUUAGCUACCUGAGUAGGGGGUCAGACGACAACCCCUUCGUCGCCUACCUACAGAAUGUGCAAAAGAGGAUAAAGAAGCUGCACUGGUUUGUGUUACACCAGAGGGGGACAACCAAAGGGGUAACCCCAGAGAAGCACGGAAAAACCGAUAAGAACCAAACCGAUCAGAGCAAAAACGAACCGGUCAACUUCAUCACCUUCAAGUCGCUACGAACGGACGAGCAAAUCAUCUUUCUAUGCAAUCUUCUUCUAAAAAAUUUAAUAAAAUCCUUUCGCUUAAUUUAUUUGCUAAAAUCACUUGUGAGGGAGAACAAGUGGAACACCGGCAUAUGCGAUGAAAAAAAAAAAUUGGCCAACUUGGUUAAGUACUUUACCAAAAUAGAGUAUUACGAUUACGAGGUGAGGAAGAUUGUCAUAGGUCUCUGUGAGGGGGGCCACCCUCUUCCACACCAGGGCGAAUUACAGAGAAAAUAUCCCCGAGACGAACCCGAAGGAAAACACAAGGGAGAGUACUUUCCCACGUGCGAUGAACAAAAUGUAGACCACGAUGAGUUAUAUGAAGCCAUUUUCAUGAAGGAGUUCUCCAAGUUGGUAAAGACGGGGCAAACCCCACCAAACGAAUCACAACUCACCCGGAGAGAAAAAAAAAUAAAAAGAAAAAUAUUUUACAAACUAAACGUGGAAACGAUUCUCUGUUCCAGCUGGUUCAUUGACAGGUCGCUGUUGCACUUCUUCCUCUAUUACUACAUUUCCUGCGUGAUUGGCACCAGCGAAAAGACCAACAUGUAUGCAGACAUGCCUUACCUCAUGCAGGGGAUCAUGCUGGUCGUUUAUUACCUCCAAGCGGGCAAUGAUUUAGCACUCAACGGAAAAACAAAAAGGUUCAACUGUGGAAUAGAAUCUACACCUAUUCCCAUAUCUACCUUUAUCCUCUACCUGGGCAUUCAUUUGUUCUAUUCCUUUUUCGACAAGAAUCUCUUAACGGUGUGUGCAAAUGAAGACGAUGGGAAGGUGAAACUUUUUCUGAAUACCAUGUCGGGAAAUCACAACGAUGAGAAAGAAUCUAAAUCGAGUCAGAUGGAGAGCUACAUCCCUUCAAUGAGUCCUGCGCCCCGGAAGAGUCAAAUUAUUACCGUGCAGAAUGCUAGCCAGUUUUGCUUUGUUGUAAAGAAUUUCGAAUCCAUUUUAUCCUGCAGAACGGUUAACGAAAUGGACAUGAGGAAUGGAGAAAAGGGUACACCAGCUGAAGAAGCAGAUGCAGAUUUGGAGGAAGCCAUGGACGUGCUAUACGCCGAUGAUUCUUCCGGCGAGGAGGUUAAGGAAGAACCAAAUCGUAGGAUGAAAUCUUCCAAAAAAAAGUUUCUCUUCUGUGCAACUGUUCCGAAGGAGCAUGACCAGUUUGAAAAUCCCAACUCACAAGACAACCUGUUGCAAAAAAAAAAAGUGGAAAAGAAGCAACAAAAUGAAUUCAUCUACCUGAAGCGCUACUGCAAUAUUUUGCUCCACUUCAAUUACAACCACCUGGAAAAUCUGAUCAAUCCCUACGUUCCAAACGUCCUAUCCCUACAUGGGAAGGACGAAUUAUAUUCCAAGGAUCAUUUUUUUUUCGAUUGGUACAUGAGGAAGGAUGAUUGUGUGAAGGUGCACACCGGGGGGGAGGAAACCAGUAGACAUGUCCGUUUCGGCGCAUCUAUCAGAGGGGAAAGUAAAAGAGAGGACUCGCUUCAGGUAGAAUGUCCAGGUGAUCACCCAGGUGCUGACAACAGGAGAAGUUCCAACAGUACAAGCACCGUGUAUAACAAGCAUGACAAGCAAAACAGCCUCGUGAAAACUAAUGCAGAGGUUGAAAAGUACCAGAACAUAGACGCAUCUACCUGUAGCACCCUCGUUAUCAGGUAUAGAACCGACCAAAAAACACACGCUAAUUUCUCCCUCAUAAAUUUGUCCAGAAUUGAAAAAGUAAUGACAGACAUCCUUCUGAUGAGAAUGCUUAGUUGCGAUUUUAGGGACCACUUCAUCCUCCUCCUUUGCAAUUACAGAAAAUUUAUCGACAUGUAUUCUCUGCCAUAUGUGUUAGACGUAUUUGUGACGCUGCACAGAUUCUUCACCAUUAAUGGUAACAGUUCGGCGGAAAAAUCGAAUCGGCUCAAAUAUCUUCACGGGGUACGAACUAGCCCUAAGCGGCAUGCACACCUGAAAAGAACACAAGAAAGCAAUAGAACCCUCUUUAAGCGUUGUUGUAACGUUGUCGUUGAAGACCAUUUGGAUGGUAACGAAUCUCAUUCUAACAAGCGAUGUGAUGAUAGUUCUCACAUUUCUAGCGCCCAGGAGGUGAUAAAGGGGAAGAGAGCAAAACACACUUCUCACACACAUGGCACAAUAAACUCCCCACACGAACUGUCCAGCUUUUUCAAAUUUUUCAUCUUCAACACUGUGAAGAAUAUUUUCUUCAACAUAAUGUGUAUCGUCAGGGAGGAUAUUGAACCGAGUGAGAUGCUAAAAAAAGGGGAAAAUGGUCACUCUGAAAAUGGUGAACCGCUGCAUGGGACAACUGAGGACGUGGAAGCUGAUCCGUUUCUUCACCCUCAGAAGGGUUCCCCAGAGGAAGACGCUAGUGGAAGCGAUGAUGAUCUCGCAAAUGGUUCUGCCCCCGUGGUCCAGGACCCCUUAACCAACCACUACGUAGAUAUAAUAAACAAAUACAUCAACGAAGUCUUCGCAGAAAUUCUAUUCUUUUCGAACAUAUGGAAGCAGUAUCUCCCACCGGAGGAGCACCCCCUCAUGGUCCUCUUUGCAGCCAACAGGACGCUCUACUACGAGGUUUCAAAAUUCAUAGGAAUAAAUAAAAACAACACCGACGUUCUAUUUAGUCAGUCUCUAUCUAUUGUUGUCUCCUUAUACAAUUUCAAUCUGCUCAUUAAGGAAAUUGUACUACAAACUAAUACGUACGAGAUGUACCAGUGUCUGGUGAAUGGGAAGCCUGUCGAUGUUGGCGUUUCAAUUGGAAGAACUCCCUCCUUGUCGGGAAAUCAAUCCAGGGGGGGCAACCCAGAUGGGGGCACCUCCCCCGUAGAUGAACAUACGCACCGUAAGAGCUCCCCCCGGAGGAAGAUGCAGAACAAAAUUGCAAAGUACUACGAAACGAGGAACUCACUAAGGGGGAGCACGGAAGAAAGGCAGAACAAGCAGAAGCAACAAACGGAACAGACGGAACAGACGCAACGAAACCAAAUGGGAGACACACAUAACCGGUUCGUAAACCUCUCCCUCAUCAUCUCCAACGCAAGCGACCCAUGCAUGGUGAAGCUCAUGUUCAAGUUGGAAAAAAUAUUCAUCCAAAUUAUGGACCAAAAGUUAGAGCACAAUAAAAAUUUGCUCUCCAUCUGUUUAGGAAAUGAAAAAUUAGUUCCACUGAAUAGUCCUGAAAUUAUGUAUAACGCUACAUGUGUAGAUAUUUUUUCUAUCAUAUGGAAUAUCUUGGAUGUCCUGUUAGGGUAUAAGUGCCCCGUCGAAUGGAUAAUCACCCCCUUUGUGCAGUUCCUAAAUGCUUUUAUAAAUGACUACUGUGAGAAUUAUAAGAAGAAGUACACGUCCUUUAUUAUAUCCGUCAUGAAUCAAUACGCAGAUAAGUACUUUCAGGAGUUGCUGAACCUGACGGAGCAGCAGAAAAUCCAGUGGGAUAAAUUCACCAAUAGCAAUAUAAAAAGGAGAAACAGAAAAGAAGCAAAUAAGACAGAAGACGAACCAGGGGGGGUAACUAUUUUUAAGCAAAACGAAUUGGACAUGCUUGAUCAGGAAGAGGAAGAAGAACAAGACGACCCCAUCAUGUACGAUGAAAACAUCGAAAACGAAUUCAACGACCUGUUUGAUUAUGACGAGUUAGAUGUUAAUGCGAUAAAAAACAAAGUGGGAGGAUUGCUCGAAGAUAUUAAUGACCUAUCCGUGAAGGUCUCCCCGUUUCAGAGCAGCAGUCCAUCCAAACCGGGAAGGGAACCCGCCAAGGGGGACACAGAAACAAGCGUAACCACCCAAUUUAAUCCCUCCAAUGAACCGAAUGGGGAACCCACCGGAGAGGAGAAAAAACCAGGCGCCUACAUGAGCGACGAUCUAGUAAACAUCAUAGACGAAAUUAACCACCUCUUUAACAACUCAGACAUGUCCACCUCCGUGGUCAUCACGUGGAACCUGUUCUUCUUCCAAGAACAAGUGGCCCUCAUUAGAAACAAAUUUGAAAAAUACAUCCUGGACUACAUUUCCGCCAGGACAUUGAACGUAGACAAACUGAGUCACCUAUUCAACAACUACGUACCCGUCGAUGUAACUCUUCCCAUGUUACAAAAAAACAUCUACACAAAAACUAUUUUAGAUAUACUAAACACGUCCAUAAGUAACAUAAGGGACACACUAAAAAAUACACUCUACUUCAUUUUUAAAGUUUUAUCCAUCCGAAUUGUAUGUUAUGAAUUCCAGAGAGAACUUUUUUUCAAUCUGUAUGAGGACCCAUUCGAAAUGAACAACGUUCAGUCCAUCGUUGCCAUGUUCCCAAACACAGUGGAGAAAUUUAUCCUCCAAAUUCCAGAAUCCUUUCGAAAGAGCAUUCUUACCGUCUUCAUCGAACUGUUCAUAAAAAUGUGGAUUCUUAUCGUAGUGGAGAAGGGAUUUUCAAGCUACAUUUUUACCGACAACGACAUACACCUGAUGAAGCGUGACAAUCAGUGCAUACGGAAGUACAUGCAACAGAAGGGAAUUGAACUAAGCCAUUUGUUCCUCACCAAAAAAUAUGACGUCACGGAAUAUAUCGACACCUUCUUCGAUUCCCUCUAUGGGGACCGCAACCUUUUUUUGAAAAUUGUCUCGGAGCAGAAGGAACGCAAGCCCAAGAAUAUCAUGUCUUCUGCGUACAACAAGGGGAUGGCCAUAAUAACUGGAAUAAACCAGCACAUCCAGGAGAACCUGUAG